AAAGUCUGGACCACACGCAAAUUAAACGUCACAACAAGCCCCACAAAUAUAAAAUCAACAACACCUCGCAUUCGUCAGAAUCUUGCCGCCAUCUGAAGUGGGCAGACGUGUGAAUGAAGAGAGCUCUGACAGACCACGAACAAACCACGAGUGAAUGAGCAAAGUCAUUGAGGUGAAACGAGCUUGUAUUAUUAUUACUACUACGAGAAGCCACGAAUACGGACGUCAACCACUAGAGCAUAACAGUGUAUGAAACAUCAAUUAUCAUUCAUAUUUAACGAACUAGUUUAUUUAUCCGUUUUCUUUAUUGAAAAAAAAAAUCAAAAACUUUUUUGUUGUGAAAAAUUAGGAAUUAAACUUUUAAAUUGAAAAGAAAUUGCAAUACGCGUAAAACAUGCUUGAAAAGAUUUUGGGAGUAGAAUUAAUUCUACUAACAUGUGUGCAUCACUUUUCAAUUGCACAAAUUUCCAGUCAGCCGCAAGCGGAUAUUGAAGAAUUUUCAAAUUCGACAAAUUCUCUACCAACUGAAGAAUCUGCUGACCACAACAUCAGAAUGCGACAAAGAUAUCGUGAAUACAGACUGAAUAUGAUACGCCAACAGAUAUUGAACACUUUAGGUUGGAGUAAACCCCCGACAAUAGACUUUGAAACCAGAGAAAAUCUGUUCUCUAACCCGUCCAUUACACCACAAGGCAGAUUUAUCCAUGAGAAACAAUGCUUUGCCUCACGAUGUGAUGUACCCGACUCCAUAGAUUAUUCAUUAUGGACAGAGAACUCUAAUGUUUUACAUCUAUAUCAAGACGUACCAGAAUUAAAUAAUCGUAAACAACUAACCUCGGCUACACUUAGGCUUUAUAUCAGAUACAAUGCUGGCAAUGCAAAUGGACGUGGAAGUUCCCGACUUCUUAUUUCCGUAUCUCAGUUUCUAAGACCACUUCAUAUCCGUAGACGUGGUGGCAGAGUUAUCAAUCGUAAACGUUUAAUUGAUGCAAAAAUGGUGAACUGGGAAGGUGCCUCGUGGGUUGUACUGAAUGUUAAAGAUGCUGUUAGCGAGUGGAUAACAGGUUCCAGAGAAAACUACGGUCUAGCUGUAGCUGUUAAAGAUGAGAAUGAGAAUGAAGUAAAUGCGUCCAUGUUAUUUGAACAAAUUGAUUGUUACAGUCCAUCAAAUAUUGGUUGUCGCGAGGAAGAAGAUAUUAAUGAGCGAGGUACUAUAUGGACUGUUGGUAGUUACCCAUAUCUACAAAUUGCUACUAAAGAAAGGGUUAGACAUAGACACAGACGUCAAGCCGUUAAUACCUUCACAAAAACAACAGACAGUACACAGCUUAUUUUCAAGAACACUCAACGAUCUUCUCCUCAAACCGUUGAAGAAAAUACAUACCAAAGACACCGAUUAAGAGAUUCGGGAUGUGAAGGAAAAUUAAUAGUUAAGCAAAUAAAAGACAGUAAUAUCAUUACGCCCAGAACGUAUACGACAUUACAAUGCAGUGGUUCUUGCACGGGAGGUAAAGCGUGCCAAGCUUCAAGAUUUGAAAAAGUAAAAGGGCUCGUUUUUACGUCGGAUGGAACAUUAUCAUACCAGGAUACUAGUAUUGUCAGAGCGGUGGAAUGUUCAUGUCAGUCUUAAAAUAAAACUGUAAUUUAUAUAUUAUUCAAAUUAUUUAAUAUUUAUGUAAAUAGUCAUUGUGACAAUUGUUUGAUUAUGUUAGUACACCAAUUUAUGUUUCAUUUGAUAUUAAAGUCAUCGACCCGGUUUGGAAUUGACAUUUUUGAUUAGUGCUAAUUAGCUUAAUGAACCAUAUCUAUAGAAGAACAUUAUAACAAUUAAUUGUAAUUUUUAUUCAUCAUAUAUUAUGAUACAUAUAUAAUUGUAUGAGAUGUUUGAGGCAGCUAUGUGAAUGUGUACUUUUGCUUUUAUUCAGUUGUGUUAGUAUUUAGAUAAUUAGAGAAAACCACCACAAUAUUCAUUCUAUCCCAAAGUUCCAAAUGUUUGCAUUUAGAUUUGUAAUUUCCCGAAAAAAGGGACAUUUUGAAACCAAACAAAUAAAUCCCUUGCAAAAGUUGUCUAACUGUAGUAUUUAUUUUAAUUAUUCCCUGCAAAUGUUUUCAUUUGGAUUUGAAGUUUUUUUUAGAAAAAUAGGGAAAAAUAAAAGAAAAAAUAUAUUUCAGUGCUUAGACAUUGUAUAGUUUUGUGUUUAUGUCGAGCUUUAUUAAUUGCUUUUUGUGCAAGUUUCAUAAUAUAACCUAUCAUAUAUAGCUUUAAGUAGAGCUUUAAAUCAUUAUCUACCUCAACCAUUAUUAUGGUCAGCUGUCAUUUUGUUCGUGGAAUUAUAUGGUUUUAUCAUAAUAUUCUAACGAUUGUUUAAAUAUUGUUUCUUUAUAUCUAAUUACAUACAUUGAAUUUAUAUAUCUGUAUAAGUAAUGUUUUGUUUAUUUUUUAUUGUUUAGUUAUUUUAUUCGAAUAGCAUCUUGCAUAAUAUUUGAAAUUUAAUUUCCUUUGCAUAAAAAAGAAAUUAUUUCAUUAAAAUGCAAGCAUUUGAAUGAAAAGAUAAAUUAUAUUUGCAAUGAAUAAAACUUUUUGAAAACUUGAUAUGUAUUUGCAUUGCAAAUAAGGCUCAAUAUAAUAUCAAUUAAAGCAAAAUUAUGAAUGAAAAAUUGAACUUCAUAUGAAUGAAAAAUUGAACUUCAUUUGAAUGAAAAAUUGAACUUUAUAUAAUUGAAAAUUUGGAUUUCAUAUAAUUAUAUUUGAAAAAAAAACCCAAGAAAUUAAAUUCUGUUGAUUUUUUUUUAUGAUGUUAUGUUUAAUUUGAAUAAAAAGUAAUUAAGUAUAAUUUUAUUCGUUCUAAUAGAAUAUUAUUUAUUCUCAUAUUUCUUUGUUUGAUAGCAAUACCGCUUGAAUCAGUCAAUCUGCUGGAAUAUAUUUAUGCUUAUUUAACUAAUAUUGAUAUUGUAUAUUUUGGUGAAACUUUCCCCUCCAGUGUAUAUGGGGGUACAAUGGCAGCAAUAUUUCAUAGAAUUGUAUAUAACGUGUAUAUAAUGUUUUUGUUUUGUAUAUUUUGGAGAAGUUUUUUAUAAGUUAAGGAUAAGUUUGGAUUGGUGCGAUAAUAAACAAAGUCUCGAUUAUCCAGUUUAACGCAAGAUUCUUAAUUUGCGACGUUGUUCUAAUCUAUUCAAUAUCAUAGAUAACCUAGAUAGUGGAUUGUGGGCUUGUAAAUAAAUGUAUAAAUAAUAGUUUAUAUAACAUUUGAAGCCAAAAACAGACAGAUUUAGCUCUUGCAUAAUGCAUCUUUAUUAGCUUUGAUAAAGAACUGUUCGUUCUUGCAAUAAUCGUUCAAAAAUAGAUAAUGUUAAAUAAAUAUAUUGAAAGUUUCUUCCAAAUUACUUUAUUAUGGCCGUUUGGAGUUUUGACAAGAAUGUUUAUUAUCUUAACAACGGUACUUGUUAUUUGAGACUUAGCCUCGCUUCGUCAUUUUUAAUUUAAAUCAAUAAAUGACCAGGUUUAAAUCCGUUAAAAUCUCGGCCAUCCAAUGCCUAGAGAGUUGAUUAUAGGCUUGUCAUGUAAUAAAUGUCUAUAAGGGGUGUCGUGUAAUUCCGUCACGGUGGAAUCCAUGAUAUAAUAGUUUAUAUGACCUUUGAAGGCAUAAUAAAGACCUGCAAUAGGCAGAUUUAGCUCUUAUACAAUGUAUUUUUAAUAAAAUCAUCCAAAUGUGUAGUUCGUUAAUUUUAUGGAUCUGAAUAUAGAACUUAUUUCCAAGGUCUUUAGACGUGUCAUUUUACAAUGGUGGGAAGGAAUUAAUGUGCCUUCGUUAUAUAUAUUAUAUUAUAUAUACUUUCUUAUCUACAGAAGUUUUCUUUUGUAUUCGUAUGUGUUGAUUAUAGCAUAAACAUGUUUAAUAAAUAUCAUAAUAGUUUUAA